AAGCAACCGGUAGUGCUGUGCCCACUCAGCUCUCGGCGGCGGCGGUUGCGGGCGUUGAACCGGAGAUCCGUUUACCCGUCUUCUUCGACCCGGAUCCGAUACUACGUCAUGGGCGGUCGACCGAGAACCCAGAAGAACAACGCCGAUGCCAUCGAUCGUAGCUUGUGGCUCGCCUCCAAUCCCAGUAAGCGCUGGGCUGAGGCCUUCUUCCUUCUCUACACUCCGUUUUGGCUCACUCUCUGCCUCGGCAUUGUCGUCCCCUUCAAGCUCUACGAGAGCUUCACUGAACUGGAGUAUUUACUUCUGGGAUUAGUUUCAGCGGUCCCUUCGUUCUUGAUACCCUUUGUACUCGUGGGAAAGGCAGAUAAAGGCAGACCCUUGAAGGAUCGUUACUGGUUAAAGGCACAUCUUUGGAUCAUAAUUUUCAGCUAUGUAGGGAAUUACUUUUGGACCCACUAUUUCUUUACAGUACUGGGGGCAUCAUAUACUUUCCCUUCAGUGGAGAAUGAACAAUGUAAGGACUAGAAAUAAUGUUGUUGA